UGCUGUUAUUUAGGCAGAGAAAGGAAGUAGCGACAGGCUAGCUGGUUAGCCGGUCUGAAACCCACACAGUCUGUUAGGAAAGAUUGGACUUUUGAGCCUGUUUUAUCUCAGAGACUGCUCUUCUUUAUUUAAUACAAGCGUAUAAGUAGGCUUCGGUUUUUUUGUUGGUUCGUUUUAUUUUCUUUCCGCCCCGGUUUGAAACCUUCAAACUGACUCAACUCUAAGCUUUGUCUGUCUGGGGCUCCACCGUUGUUAGCCUGCUUGAUGUAAGUCAGUCGUGGUUUCAUCAAAGGAGAAGAAAAACCCACAAACCGAAAAGUUGCGACUUGAUUUUCAUUUAUUUGUUCACCAGUUGGUUGAAUCGCGGGGAACGCAGUUAAGGAUUACACCGAGACAAUGAGAAAAUCAGCCGGGAAAGGUGCUGCGUGGUGAGAGGGAAGCAGUGGGUGCGGCAUGCUGAGGCCACUCCCCCGGGCUCAGGAUGAGUGUCAGAGAUGGCGCUGCCACCAUGGCAACGAAUGCAGGUGGAGGAGGAGGGGGAGGUGGACCAGCUAACCCUAACGAUCAUGAUGGCCGCUCAUACAUGCUCCAGAUCUACCCACGGCUGGCCUGCCAGCCCUCCACCUGCUGCAACCUAAGAGUGCAGAAGGAUGCAACAGCUGCUUCUGUAAUCUCGGACGCUGCCACGGCACUGGGGCUGGACCCCGGCCGCCUGUAUGUGCUGGCAGAGGUGAAGGAAUCUGGUGGGGAAGAGUGGGUGCUAGAGGCGGGAGACCUGCCGGUACAGAGGUUUCUGCUGUGGCCUCGGAAAGCCCAGGAGCAACACCCUCAGAGCCUUGGCUUUUACUUCUUACUACAGGAGAGGAACCAUGAUGGCUCUAUCCAUUAUGUCCACCUCCCGUCUGUAUACACAGAGCAGGAGGCACAGCGGCUAGCUGCCAGAGGCUUCCUUCCACCUCCGCAGGAUGACUUUGCAGACCUCUGCAACCUCCCCGUCCUCAAUGAGGACAGGAUAUUAAAUAACCUGCGCACACGCUUUUACAAGAAAAAGAUCUACACCUAUGCAGGCAGCAUUCUCAUCGCCAUUAACCCCUUCAAGUUCCUGCCCAUCUACAACCCAAAGUAUGUUAAGAUGUACGAGAACCACCAGCUGGGCAAACUGGAGCCUCAUAUUUUUGCUAUCGCAGAUGUGGCCUACUAUGCCAUGCUCAGGAAGAGGGUCAACCAGUGCAUUGUCAUCUCUGGGGAAAGUGGAUCAGGCAAGACCCAGAGUACCAACUUCCUGAUCCACUGUCUGACUGCGCUCAGCCAGAAGGGCUAUGCCAGCGGGGUGGAAAGGACCAUACUGGGGGCUGGACCAGUCCUGGAGGCCUUUGGCAACGCCAAGACGGCCCACAACAACAACUCCAGCCGUUUUGGGAAGUUCAUCCAGGUUAAUUAUUUGGAGAGUGGAGUGGUCAGAGGGGCUGUGGUGGAGAAGUACCUCCUGGAGAAGUCUCGUCUGGUCUCCAGAGAAAAGAACGAGAGGAACUACCAUGUGUUUUACUACCUGUUGUUGGGAGCCUCAGAGGAGGAGAGGAAGGAGUUUAAGUUGCUGCCACCUGAAGACUACUUCUACCUCAAGCAGCAAAACUUUAAGAUUGAAGAUGAGGAAGACCUGCGUCAUGACUUUGAAAGGCUGCAACAGGCGAUGGAGAUGGUUGGCUUCCUUCCUGCCACCAAGAAACAGAUCUUUUCUGUCCUCUCGGCCAUCCUGUAUCUGGGCAACGUGACCUACAGGAGGAAGUCAACAGGCCGAGACGAAGGGUUGGAUGUGGGACCACCAGAGGUCCUGGCCACACUCUCUGACCUGCUAAAGGUUAAAGAGGAGUUGCUGGUCGAGGCGCUGACAAAGAGGAAAACGGUGACAGUCAAUGACAAGCUGAUCCUCCCUUACAGUCACUCAGAGGCUAUCACAGCCAGAGACUCCAUGGCCAAAUCUCUGUACAGCGCCUUGUUUGACUGGAUCGUCCUACGCAUCAAUCACGCGCUGCUGAACAAGAAAGACAUGGAGGAAUCUGUCCCGUGCUUGUCCAUCGGUGUCCUGGACAUUUUCGGCUUUGAGGACUUUGAGACAAACAGCUUUGAGCAGUUCUGCAUCAACUAUGCAAACGAGCAGCUGCAAUAUUACUUCAACCAUCACAUCUUCAAUCUGGAACAGGAGGAGUACCAAGCAGAGGGAAUCACCUGGCACAACAUCGACUACACAGACAACGUGGGCUGUAUCCACCUCAUCAGCAAGAAACCCACUGGCCUACUUUACCUGCUGGAUGAGGAGAGCAACUUUCCCCAUGCCACAGAUGAGACAUUGUUAGCCAAAUUCAAGCAGCAGCACCAGGGCAACAAAUACUUUGUCCCCACUCCAGUCAUGGAGCCUGCCUUCGUCAUUCGCCACUUUGCUGGAAAAGUCAAAUAUCAAAUCAAGGAUUUCCGGGAGAAGAACACGGACCACAUGCGUCCUGACAUCGUGGCAUUGUUGCGGAGCAGUGACCGUGCAUUUGUGCGGCAGCUCAUCGGCAUGGACCCGGUGGCCAUGUUUCGGUGGGGCAUCCUGCGUGCCACCAUCAGAGGAAUUGCUGCUUUCAAUGAGGCUGGCCGUUCCUGGGCGGCCAAAACUUCAGGUGUUGUCCGUCCAAUCUCCAGAACUCCUUUAGGAGAGCUUCAACGGUCCAAUGCCCCAAUAGAAAGGAUGUACAAACGAGCUUCUAUGCUCGAUUUCUACUUUGAUCACUCAGAAGAGCGCCCUCUAGAGGCCUUUGAAGACAUCUUUGCUAGCUAUGAGAGUAAGAAAGACAUGCAUGCAGAGAUCAUCAGCUCCAUUAAGAACUUGCAGCUGGAUGGUGAGGACCCUCGCAAGCUGCUGCAGUCCUGGGGUCGCCUCCGCUUCCCCCGACACAUCCUCCAGAAAAACAAGAGCACCAAACAGAAGCAGCUCAUCCCCAAGAGUUUGCUGGACUCUCGGUCUCUGAAGUUCAUUGUGGGUCUGACGCUACACGAUCGCACCACCAAGUCUCUGCUCCACCUGCACAAGAAGAAGAAGCCCCCCAGCAUCAGUGCCCAGUUCCAGACUUCUCUGACCAAGCUCUUGGAGACUCUGAACAAAGCAGAGCCUUUCUUCAUUCGCUGUAUCCGCUCCAAUGCCGAGAAGAAGGAGAUGCACCUGGACGAGGCCUUGGUGGUUCAGCAGCUGCGAUACACAGGAAUGCUGGAAACUGUUCGUAUCAGGAGGUCAGGCUACGGAGCCAAGUACACAUUCCAGGAGUUUAUCGAGCAGUUUGGAGUUUUGCUGCCAAAGAACGCCACUGCCUGUAAAGAGGACAUCGCAGUGCUGCUUGGGAAGAAGAUGGGCCUGGACCCCACGACAUUUCAGAUAGGCAAAACCAAGGUGUUCUUGAAGGAGCUGGAGCGACAGCAGCUGCAGGACACGCUGCACAAGGAUGUCAUGCGUAAGAUCAUCUUCCUUCAGCGGUGGUUCAGAGCUCGUCUGCAGAGGAAAGAGUUUCUGGACAUGAGACAGGCAGCCAGCUUGAUCCAGCGUUUAUGGCGUAGGUACUGCAAAGAGGAGCAAAUGCGACGUGCAGCCACUUUGAUCCAGGCUGUGUGGAGAGGGCACAGACAGAGAUUGGAGUUCCACCGCCAAAGACAGGGCGCUACCAAAAUACAAGCCCUGGUCAGAGGCCACUCAGCACGCAGGAGGUGUCAGUCCAUGCGUGAGGUUAAACAGAGGGAAGAAGAAGAGGAAAGAAGGAGGAGGGAAGAGGAGGAAGAGAUGAGGCGAAAAGCAGAGGAAGAGGAGGAAGCAAGGAGGAGGAUGGAAGAAGAAGCAAGCAGAAAAAAAGAGGAGGAAGCAAAGAAGAGAGCAGAAGAAGAGGAGGCAGCUAAGGAAGCACAGAAAAAGAGAGAAGAAGAGGAGAAAAGACAGGCGAGAGAGCCUCAAACAAGAGAAGAUCCAGAUAUAGAGCUGGUCACAGAGGAGACGCUGGAUGAUGCUGUCCAGGAGACUCGGAAGGAGAGAGGAGAGGAAGAAGGAGAGGUAAAAACAAGCUCACAUACAGAGGAGGAUGAACAGGACAAGGAUGAAGAGCUGGAGGAGGAUGAGGAAUUAAAUUUGGAGACCAACGGUACUCUGGCUGAGGCUGGACCCCAGCUGGAUGAGGAGGAGGAGGAGGAGGAAGAGGAGGAGGAGGAGGAAAAUUCAGAGAUCCAAACACUAGGACAGUCAGAUUCAAAACCUGGUCUGCCCUCUGAUGGCGUCACCUCCAACGCACUGGAACCCACAUCUCCAGGUCAGGCGUCAGAUGACCAGGCUCCCUGCACUACCUCCACACCUUCCAAUGCUGACCAAAAAAGAGUACGACCUCCGGCUGCCAACAGGGGCCAGUCAUCCAGGAGCCAGGAGAAGAGAGAGCAGAGAAGACGAAGAGGGCUGGAGCACAACCAGAGAGAGACCGAUCGAGCAGCCUCCUCCUCCUUCUCCUCAGCAGUCGACAAGGACCAAACAUCUCCGCCGAAGAGCAAAAGCCAGGAGACUUCUAAGCUGAAAGAGAGAUCAGACAGCAAGGAGCUGGACCAGUACACCUUUGUAGCCUGGAAAAUGAAGGAAGAAAAGGGAGGGAAGAAAGAGGCAAAAACUUCUCCUUCAGCUUCUGGUCCUGUUCGUCCGUCUACACUGUCCCUGCAGCCCGCUGACCCUGGGCCUGAGAGAAACGGCGUAGGGGAGGGUGGGGCAGCGGCGGUAACCCUGCAUCGCCGCCCUGGGGCGAUCAAGGAGAAGCCAGAGAAGUGGAAGGGGAGGAGGAGUGAUGGAGAAUACUCCGAGAGCAUCAGCUCUCCUCCACCUCACAAUCGUGAGGAAAGGAGGAAAAAACAACUGAGUGAAACAGCCUCGUCAUCAAUUGACAGUAUGUCUCCAGGUUCUGAAGGAGCUGGCAUUGUAUCAGUCAGAGAGAUAAUUUCCCCCCUAGAAGGCCAUGGUGAUGGCUCAAAGGGGAGCUCCAUCAGAAGGAAACAUCCAGAUGGUUCUGGUUAUCAAGAUUCAGCCCACUCCAUCUCAUCCACACCAGACAGGUCAGGUGGUUUCUUCAGCAAGAUUUUGAAAAAACGACCCCACAAAGAGGCCCAGACUCCAGACAACGGGGAGCUGACAUUUGCUCAGAUCCUCAAUGAAAAGCCAACAGGAGGGGAAGCCCCAACAUCUGGACAUCCAUCUCGACCUCUUUCCCAGCCACAUGGUGACCGAGCUGGUAAAGGUUUUGGCCGCAACCCCUCCAUAAAGAUCAGUCGUGCCACACGGGUCUCAGAGCAGUGGAACGCCUCACUGGACCGGGAAAUCACCAACGCCAAUGAGCUGCGGCACCUCGAUGAGUUUCUGGGCAACCAGGUCAAUGAUUUCCGCUCCAGGGGGAAGUCGCUGUCAGCCACAGAGGCCAUCUUUGUAACAGCUACUAUGCAGUUCAGAGAGAAUAUCAAAGCCAUGUAUUCCCUCACAAAACCCACCAUAGGCUACAAAGGUCUGAUGACAGGCUACCAGAACAAAGUGAUCCACCUGGCGGGUGACAAGCAGAAAGGAGAAGUCCAACUUGUGGUCAACUUGUUCCAGUCGGUGCUGGACGGCUUCAUCAGAGGAGAGAUGAAAAAGGAGGAAGCUGAACCUGCAAAGCCUGCUAAAGCUCGGAAGAAGAGGAGGAAAAAAGAUAAAAGUAUGGAGAGCCCCCUGGAUCAUGUUUUCGUCAACUAUCAAGUCAACAUUAUGCAGUCAUGUGACCAGUGCAGUUCUUACAUCUGGGGCAUGGAGAAGGCCUACAUGUGCAGCUAUUGUAAGAUGGUGUGCCACAAGAAGUGCAUCUGCAAAAUAAUGACUGACUGCUCCACCUUCUGUGCCAAAAAGAGUGAAGAAGAAUCCGGCGGGCUGCACUUUGGGGUGCGUGUGUGUCGCCUGGUCAGCGAUAAGAACCCAGUACCCAUGGUGCUGGAGAUGAUGCUGGAGCACGUGGAGAUGCAUGGCCUCUACACCGAGGGCAUAUACCGCAAGUCUGGCUCUGCCAACAGAAUGAAAGAGCUGCACCAGCGACUGGAGACUGACCCCCACCAGGUCUGCCUCGAAGACUACCCCAUCCACACAGUGACAGGCCUGGUCAAACAGUGGUUGAGGGAGCUACCAGACCCACUCAUGACCUUCACUCAUUACAGUGACUUCCUACAUGCAGUGGAACUGCCAGAGAAGCAGGAGCAGCUUCAUGCCAUCUACAAAGUGCUGGAGGAGCUUCCUACUGCAAACUUCAACACGCUGGAGAGACUCGUCUUCCACCUCGUCAGGGUGUGUAAGGAGGAGGCUCACAACCGCAUGUCUUCUAACUCGUUGGCCAUAGUUUUUGCCCCGUGUAUCUUGCGCUGUCCAGACAGCGCUGACCCGCUGCUCAGCAUGAAGGAUGUUGCCAAGACCACCACGUGUUUAGAGAUGCUCAUCAAUGAGCAGACCAGACGCUACAAUGAGAAGAUGGAGGAAAUUGAGCAGCUGGAGUACGCUGAGGCUCUGGCUGUUAACCAGCUCAAACUCAAGAGACAAAACACGCACUACUGGCAUUUACCUCUCAGGUUCUCAGCUCCUUACAAAGGAGUGGUGGUGCAUGAGAAGGUCAGUUCUGAUCUCAGCGUGGUCCCUGAGAAUGAGCCUCUGGACUCAGACACAGAGGCUGAGAAGAACCUGGUGGAACGCAUCAAGUCCAUCAAACAGGAGAAAGAGGAUCUGGCCUGUCGACUGCCAGAGAUGGAGCAACCUGGUUCAGACCAGGAGAACUUGGACUCCGAAGCCUCACUGAGCUCCGAGAGUCUUUUGGAUGAACAGCAGCGCUCCUCUGCCCACAGCUCAGAGCCUGAAGGACGAGGUGGCUCCCAGCUGAGGAGGUACAAGCCCAUUUGUCUACCCAAACCACCCGACCUGGCCCAGCGACCUAAAGUCCUCUGUGGACGCUUCUCUCUGUCAAACCUCACCCCUGCUAGCUCCACCUCCUCUCUGUCCAGCUGCGCUUCUUCAACCUCCGAAUCCUCCAACGCCUCCCUCAGGCAUCCGCUGAAACGCCGCAACCCCGUCAUCCCAGACACAGUUAAACUCCCUGCAGGUGUCUCUCUCUCCCAGCCUGCAGCCUCGAGUUCAACUCAGACUCACGUUCCUCCUGGAAAUCGAGCUCCUAAAUACUUGGUCAGGAGAAGAGAGCAGCCGGGCCGCCGUAAAGACAGCACCCAGUCCCUGUACAUCGACAACCCCGAGUGUGACCUGUUGUUGCAUUUCUCUUCCUGCCCUCCCUCCGCUUCCUCCUCCUCCUCAUCCAUCUCUUUGGUGGCGCGCUCUCCUCAGCACCACGAGACACAGGCCUCAAAGGGCCAGAGACGUUUUUCUGACCCAGACAUUCCUUACACGGAGGAAGACGUCUGACCAGGAUGGAACAGAGAAGAUGGAGAAGUGAGGAUGAGUAAAAGCAACAACCUCUCGAGUAGACAAAAGGAAAUGAAUAUAAAUGGCAUGCAGAGCUGCCACAGAUGACAAUGAUGGGAUUGUAGAAAGCCAGAAGAGGAUAAAAAUCAAGGGGGAACAUGGAGGAAGAGAAAUUAUUGAACAUGAUGAGAUGUACUGUAGCCACAGUCUUCUGUUCAUAAAGUUUGAACAGAAAUUAGACACAGUGGAGGGUGUUUGGUUGCUGUUGUUAGAGGGAAACUAAUCAAGGAACUGCUAAUGUGUUUAAAGUCUUGUCCAACGUUACAGUUAAAAUAAAAAACUGGACAAGAUGUUGCCAAGCACCUUUUCUAUCAUUUUGAUAUAAUGUGGGUACAGGAACACAGGCUGGAAUUUCUGUCGCCUCAUAAUGAUGGAAUUUUGUUUUUUCUUUCCCCUGUUUUUUUUUGUUUUGUUUUCUUUUGUUUAACACAUUUUUGCUAAUUCAAGGAAAUAAUAGAGGUUCCAGUCGCACUUUUCAUUUCUUAGUUCUCCUAAUGAGCAAAACAUGCUCACUGAAAUGUUAGCUAGUGCCUUGAUAAUGUACAAUUAUUUUGAACAAGAAGCUCAUUUGUCAUGUCAUUAUUGUGGAACAGUGCAGGGAGGGUUAUCUGGGAUAAAGAGAGGGGACCUUUGUCUCAGAGUUUUGUGUUCAUUGUACUGAACCGACACAAGACGGACAUGUUCGGAACAAGGACCUAGACAUGCGCAGUGCGACUGUUGCACAAAGGACAACAGUCUGUCCACCUUCACCUUCUACCUGCCGCACAGCAAACACCAGAUAGAAGUCAUCGCCUUCACAUAGCAAAGGGAAAUGGGAGCAGCACACGCCACUUUCUUCCUUUUGAGACGACAAAAACACAAACACAACACCGACCAUUAUGCAACAGCCGUGCCAUGAUGUCUUUAAAGCUCAGAGUCCUUGAACUCACCUUACCCUUUUCUAAAAUGAACUUGGCUUCACUCAGCUGUGGACAGUCCCAUAAUGAGCAGCUUCUGCUGAAGCACAUUUCAGCUUUGUAUGAAAUGUAAUACUAAUGUUCCCCUCUGACUGCUGUUGAAUGAUGUCUGCUAGUCUGUCUGGAUUAUGAGGAAGAUGUGUAAUGUGUAACAGAGAGUGUAUGGUUGGGACUGAAUGACGUGAACUGUAAUGGUUAGUAUUAACAUGAAAUACAAAACGUGAUGCUUGUAACAUCCUCUGCUGUGUGAUUUGAUCGGGCGCAGUUGGAAAAGUAUCUCAGUGUUGAUUUUGGACACAUAACACCGUUUACACAGUGGAUGAUAAACUCACCAAUUAUGAAGUGGAGAAUAUUCAGGUUAUGUACUUUUUUUUGAUGUGAACUAUGAACCAUGACACAUCAGACAAAAUUAAAUUAGUCUCCUCCAGAUGCACUUAGACCAUUUACACCAAUAUUUUAACUAGUAAUAUAAAGGAGGGAUGUAAAUUAAUUCAAAAUGAAUUCACUAUCUGUUUAAGUUUUUACCUUCAGACAGGUAACCUACAUUUCAGAAUGUUAAUUCUGGCAAUCUGUGAAUCUUCAGUCAGCUCCCUCUCUGUCUUUGGGAAGAAUUUGAUAUGUUGCUCUGUCUCGCAUAAUUAUCUGUGCGUAACACAAACUGUGUUUUCUUUUUAUUUUUUUAAGUGUGACUUUAAAAAUGAUCCUAAAUCAAAAGAAACAAUCAGUGUGAAAACACACAUCUCUAUUAUUUUGGGGUUGAGUCCAAAAAAAAACUUGCAACCCUGUGAUCUUCUGCCUUAAUUUCUUUUUCUUUAUUACAUUAACAUUACAUUGCAAUUACAUUAAGUAUGUUUUAAGUCCAAAUUGGUUCUUCAUCAGGUACAGAGGAAUUAGAAAUAAUAAACAGGAUAAAAGUU